AUGUUAACAUUACCUAUUUCAUUAUCAUCACCUAUUGUAAUUAGUGUUAGUAUUUUAACAGCUAUUGGUGUUUAUGUUUUAUUUGGACCUGAACCACAAGAUAGAAGAAAACGUGGUUAUCCCGGUGGAUUAAUUAAUUAUGGAAAUAAUUGUUUUGCUAAUGCUAUUGUACAAUGUUUAGCAUCAUCAUUAAUAUUUAUACAAUGGCUUGAAAAACAUAUUGAAAAUAAUAAAUUAACAAAUAUUCUUCUUAAUCUUAUUAAAUCUAUAAAUAAUCAAACAUUAAUUACAAAUUCCCAAGAAUCAAAUGUUGCAACAUUAAUUGAUUAUAUGCAACAACCAAAAUGGUUAACUCCAUUUGAACAACAAGAUAGUCAUGAAUUUUUAAUAUCACUUAUUAAUUCAUUAACAACUAUAAAUAGAUUAGAAACAAAACAAUUAGGUUUUGCUUCAUGUCUUGAUACAAAUGAACAAGAUAUAUCAAAAAUAAUAAUGAUAAAUGAAAGUCCAUUAAUAAAUCCACAUCCAUUUCAAGGUUUACAAGCAACACAAUUACAAUGUACAGAAUGUAAACAUAAAAAUCCUAUAAGUGUUUCUCUUUUUGAAACAUUAUCAUUAAUGAUUCCUGAACGUCAUGUAUCAAAUUUAUUAUUAAUACGACAACAACGAAAUUUUACAUUACAAGAAUUAAUUGGUAAUUAUCUUAAAACUGAAAUGAUUAGUAAUUUAAUAUGUAAUAAAUGUAAAUCAAAUAAAAAUUUAUUACAUAGAAAAAUAACAACUUUUUCUCGAUUACCAGAAAUUCUUUGUUUACAUAUUAUUCGUACAACAUGGACAAAUGAAGGUUUACCUAUGAAAAAUACUUGUCAUAUAUCAUUUCCUGAUAUACUUGAUAUGAAUGCAUUUAUAUCAUUAUCACGUCUAUUACCUACUAAUAUACAUCCAACUCAAAUAAUUAAAAAACCAUUAACAGCUAUUUAUAAACUUAAUUCUGUACUUGUACAUUUAGGUGGUAUUAGUGAAGCUGGACAUUUUAUUGUUUAUAGACGACGAAUAAAUAGUAAUCAAUGGUUUUCAAUAUCGGAUGAUCAUAUACGAGAAUGUAUUGAUAGUGGUUCAGAUUGUGCUAGUUAUACUAUUAUUGUAGAUCUUGUUGAAAAAUUAUCUAUUGUUUAUAAUGAAAGUAUUGUAAAUUCUCUUGAACGACUUUAUUGUAAUAAUUUUUCAUCAACAAUACAUCCUGAUGCUCGAGUUGUUGAUGAUGAUAGUAUUAUAGGUCAUAAUUGUAAUGGUAUCUAUGGUAUGAAUUCAGCAAGUGGAAGAUCAUAUGAAGAAGAAUUUUGUAAUGAAACACAAUGUAUAGGUAUAGCAGUAUUAGGGGAUUCAAUAUCAGCUCAUUUUCAUCGUCCCGAACAAUGGUUAGAUGCUAAACAAUUAUUCGUAACUGAAUUUUAG